AUGGAAGGAUCUCAAAAAAUAGUUGAUGAGGUUGAAAGUAGAAGUAAGCAAAUUAAUCUGGAUCCACCAACUGUUAAUGUUGAGGAAGAUGAAGAAGUUGGUGAAAAUAAAUAUGGUGGUCAAAAAGGUUCUUGGGUAUGGAAGCAUUUUUAUAAAAAGAAGAUAGAUAAGACUGUGAACAAAUUGAGAUGCCCAUAUUCUCUAAAGUUGAUGUGUGCACGCACCAAGAAGAGUGGUACGAGUUCAAUGAGAAGUCACUUAAAACUCUAUUGUGUAAAUUUUCUGGUUUAUGAUCCUAAAGGCAAAUCCGGUGAUUCGAAAAAACAAUCUUUGUUGAGUUUCAAAAAAUCAGGAGAAUCGGGGGCUAAUUCUUUGGAAGUUCAUUCCUUUAGCCAAGACAAGUGUAGGAAAUCGUUGUAA